UUAAGGUUAAGUCAAAAUUAUUGACCGAUUUUAAAGACAUAAAUAUAAACAAAUAAUAAAAAUAAUGUCUGAGGGUGAGGCAGUAAAAAACCUAACUAAAGCUGUAACUGAAAAAAACGAGACAGACAUAAGUGAUAAUUUACAGUUUUUACUUACGCAAAAAGACACGAACUUAAGCACUGUUGAUUUGUUUAAAGAUUUAUUGAAAUUUGACAAUAAUAAAAGUAUUAUUAAGCAUACAGCUGAAUUAAUAGCAGAACUUGCACGAAUAGAAUCAAACCGAGAAAUAUGCACGGAUAGGAAACUUAUAGAGGAUCUUAUAAACUUACUAGAUAAUGAAGAUGCAGAUAUCAUUUUACAGUCAAUAAGAGCUCUUGGAAACAUUUGUUAUGAAAAUGAAGAGGCUUGUACGAUUAUUCGUCUGAUUGGGACCAACAAAAUUUUAGCUAUUCUUAAACAUUAUGGAAGUGGGGACAGUGACACGGAUAAAAUAAUAACUACAAAAACAUCAGGAUUGCUAGUAAAUCUCUUUACUUUAAAUGUAGAAGUUAUGAAGGCAUCAAUACAAAACGGUCUUAUGCCAAUAGUAGAAGAUAUAUUAGUAAAAUAUUCAAAGCAAUUUGAUACAAGUGAAGCAUUGUUAACAUUUCAAAUAUCUAUAGUGAAUUUAGUGGAGAAUUAUUUAGAUGGAUAUAAUCCAGUAUUUACCCAAUCACUUUGUAAAGCUUUGAUUGAUGUAUUUAAGCAGUCAGAGAUUCCUGAGAUAUCAAUUCCUUGUUUGGAGAUUUUUUAUGGUUUGUGUGAACAAGAGGAAAUAAAAACUAUUUUUGCAAAAGAAGGUGUUUGUGAACUCUUAGUUGAACUUAUUGAGAAGUACAAAGAGAAAUUUAAUGAUGAAGACAGUAGGGAUGCUUUAAGACUAGCUUGUGAUUUUAUUGUGGUUGUUGCCACUGGAGAUGACUGUAUGAAUCUCUUAUACAAAAAUGGUCAAGGACUGUUGUACAAGAAAACUUUAACUUUGUUAGAGAGUGAUGACAAAGAUUUACUCAGCACAGGUAUUUUAGCUAUUGGAAACUUUGCUAGAAAGGACACACAUUGUAUUGAAAUGGUGAAUGAUGGACUUUCAAAGAAACUCAUUGAAAUGCUUAAGAAAUAUAAUACCAGCACCAAGCUAGAAGAUGUCAAGGUACAGCAUGCUUUACUGAGUGUUUUGAAGAACCUCCUCAUCCCACAACAAAACAAGGCCAAAGUCAUAGAGGAAGGACUCAUAGAAGUUAUUUAUCCAAUGAUACAAAUCGACCAAUUCUUCGUUGUGUUCAAGCUCCUUGGUACAUUUAGAAUGGCUAUUGAAGGACAAGAAUCUACCGCCUUGGAUCUACUUUCUCGAAAAGACUUCAUCGAGAGACUGGUGCACUGGUGUUACAACUCGGAUCAUCUCGGAGUAAGAGGAGAAGUACCUAGGCUGAUUUCAUGGCUAGUCAAAUCAUGCCAUUCGGUAAAACCGUUUUAUUUAUUGCUUGAAGUACCUGACAGCAUCAAAUGCAUCGUAGAAAUGAUAUCCUCCAAUCAUGCAGUAAUGCAAAAUGAAGCUUUUUAUGCAUUGAGUCUAUUGUAUGUUGGCUUUUCCAGUCAAAACUGCGCAGAUACUGUAAAUAAAUUCAAUGAAGCAUUAAUAAAUGCUGAUAUUGGUAAAAAUUUACAUUUCAUUUUGACUAAGUACGCUGAUAAAAUGGACACUCCUACAAUAGAAAACUUGUUGGCAUUGUUGGAAUAUAUUUGUAAAUCGGAGAAAAUUGUUGAUCACUUUAAGAAAAUAGAAUUACAGACACCUCUGAUUAAGUUGUAUUCAAAUCCGAAUAUAGUGAAAUUAGAUAAAUUGGACAGUAUUAAAUCAUUAUUAUGUGAUUAGAUUUUUUCAAUUAUAAUAAUUAUGAAGCUUGUUUCUUAAUAAUUCGGUAGUAAACUUUCAAGUGUACAAAAUUGUAAGUAUUUAAAUUUUAGAUGUAUUUACUUUUGUUGGAUUUUACAAUAUGCCAUCUCUGUACGAUCCUGAUGAAAAAAUCUCAACAUAGGGAUGGUUCUUUUGGUUUUAUAAAGGUGGUUUGACAACGGGUUUUUAAAUAAUUUAAAUUUGAGAGAAGAACAAAAUAAUAUGGAGAUAAUCGAUUCGCAAAGAGGUCCACUUACCCUUUAAUAGUCAUACUUCGAUCCAGACUUCUGAGUGCCCCGACUCCAUUUAUCAACGUCAAUAGGGAACUUGCAUAAAAUUUUAAAUUCGAAAAAAAUGGUAUAAAUCACAACAGAACAUAAUUUAGAACCUGUAUCAAAGAUAAAAAAGUUUUGUUUGUCUUUCGUUUGGCCCCUAAAGACGACUAAAAGUUCAACUUAUACCAGCCACUCUAAAACGCGUCGUGACGUCACGGGGUUGUAUGUUUACAUUCUACACCAAUUGUAUAUAUAAUUUUAAAUUAGACAAUUAAACGUCAGUAAAAAAUACAGUUAUGUGUCGUUAAAAGUGUUUUUGAUCGUUUGAACUAUUCAUAGAAAAUUUGUACUUUUAUUACAGAAUCGUUUUAUUUUCAAUAGUAAACCUUCUUUCCUUUCCUUCAAAAACUGUAUCAAACUCAAAUCUCAACAAACUGGUAUAUAUUAUUACAACGACAUACGAUAAAUGUCAUUAGAAUAUAAAUAUGUUUCCUUUAUUCCCCGACGACGAGCUGGCCAAAUACCCAAGUAGGUGGAGGCCAAUAAACUAAAGAAGAAGAAGAAUAUACGUAAAUAUAACCAUAAACGGAACCACAGUUAAACUCUGUGACGUCACGGGUCGUUUGAAGUAUUUAAGAUAAAGAAGACUUUAAAUUUGUACUUCUAAGUUAUUAUGAGUUUUUGAAGCGUGAAAUUUUGGAAAUCUCAUUUUUAUACAAAACUGAACAUUAUUAGGUUUGUUCCUACAAAGAAUCACAAACUAGUUCAUGACAGUUUCUGACUGCUGCACAAUAUGCAUGUGCGAAUUCAACCAGCCGCGAACUAGUUUGUGAUUUUUGUUGGAACAAGGAACAAUAUUCUACCGAGCUGGCAAGUUGCCUAAGAGCAGUGCCCAGAGAAAAGAAAAGAAAGAAGAAGAAAGCAUUCUGGAAAACGAGGGAAACGAAAACUUUAACCUUACUACUUUACACCACAACACGAGCAACGAGCACACCUUUAACAAAUACUCUCAUUGUUUCAUAAAUUAUAACAAAAGUAUAAAACACUAAAAUACAAUAUGUACUUAAAUCAACAAAAUAACCAAAACAAAGGUAAAGGUACCUAUUUGAUAUAAAUAUAAAUAGUUAUUUAGUGUGAGCAUGUGAGUGAAUCAAAAUUAGACUAAUUGUGCAUGUCCGUGAUUACCAGUUUGCAAAAAGUUAGGAAACUUUUCAAACUGUCAGAAACUAAUCUCGAAACUGAUUAAAUAUUUCAUGGAACAGUGUACUUUGUUGACUAGUAAUCAGAAAAAAAUCUUGUUGGAACGGCGAAAUUAUUAUUGCGCAUGCGUCUGACAGUCGGUGACAGUUGGAAACUUCUGUAGGAACAAACUUAUUAUGUAAUAAAAAAGUGUGCAAGUUCCCUAUUGCGUAAGUCGACAAUAAACAAGAAAACCUCACAAGAUAGGUUUUUAAACACCGGCAUACUUGCUAGCCGUUUUCGAGUAACUAACUUCUUGCUUUUUUAAAAAACACACAGGCUCCACUUUUUGAGCCAAUUUGAAGCGAACCUCUUUAAUACAUCGCGAUAGUAGGCAACCACGAAAACAAAAGAGUGUGGGACUGGUUGCCUUCCUCGUAUAAAUAAGUUAAAAUUAAUUAUUAUUUUAUUCAUAGAGAUUUUGACCAAUAGAAACCUACAACAAUAAAAAUUACAGCGAUAAUUUUUGAUAAUUCCCCGCCGUCAAGUAUUUUACGUCAGAUGCCCUUCGCGAUUCGUUGCUACGCAAAAAUACAUUCAGUAACAUUAAUGAUAAUUAAUGUUUUACAACUUGUCACAGAGAACAACAAAAAACAGAAGAUAGGCGAAGAUAUCAAUAAAAUAUUAGUUAAAAUAAUUUAAAAAGACAAUUUUAUUCAUAGACAAAAUCGAGGAAAAAGCGAACAUGGCAGAUGAACAACAAGGCUUCCGGAAGAACCGCUGACAAAUAGUAGAAAAGUCUAUUGAAUAUGGAAAACCAGCAUAUAUGUGCUUUGUAGAUUUAAAAACUGCUUUUGACAGGGUGAAGCGAGAUGACAUCUUAAAUUUAUUAGAAGCUGAACAAAUAGACCACCAGAUAAUAAAGCUUAUUAAUGAAAUUAACAAGAACAACAAGAGAACAGAGACCACAACACAAGCAACAAAAGCGGCAAGACUAAGUGGUUGCCUCCGAGAAACCAUAUGAAGAAACAAAUAUCUGACCACAGAAAGCAAAAUAAAAGUAUACAAGACAACAAUAAGACCUAUCCUAACAUAUGCAGCGGAGACAAGGACCGAUACAAGAAAGACGAAACAACAAAUCAACAAUAUCGAAAUGAAAGUAUUAAGAUCAAUAGCUGGCAUAUCAUUAAGAGACAGACAAAGCAAUAGAAGAUACGAGAACGAUGCAAAAUUCAAAUUAUUAACAGGUGGAUAAAAUCAAGAAAGAAAAACUGGAACGAACAUGUAAACCGAAUGGAACCAGAUACAUUAGCGAACAUCUGUAAAAACAACAAGCCGUAUAGCAGAAGAUCCGUUGGAAGGCCAAUGAAAAGGUGGAAAGAUAAUGUACAGUCAACAACAACUAAAACAGAAUAAGAGGCAGACAAACCCCAGAUUUGAAAUCUGCCCCAGAGGCAGAUUUCACCCCCUUCGGGUCGUGAAAUUAAAACUGUCAAAAGUGUCACUCGGGAUACAAAUCGAUAAUUUUAGAGCUCUCGUGGAAUUAGUACUGAUAAUUUUUGAUAAUUUACCAUCGUCAAGUAUUUUACGUUAGAUGCCCUUCGUUGCUACGCAAAAAUACAUUCAGUGACAUUAAUGACAAUUAAUGUUUUACAACUUGUUACAGAGAACACCAAAAAACAGGUUUAACAAAUAUUCAGGCGAAGAUAUCACUAAAAUAUUAGUUAAAAUGAUUUAAAAAGAUAGUUUUAUUCAUGAAACAAUCCGAAUUACUCUCGAGCUCUUAAAAAUGAUCGAUUUGUUUUGCCCUCGUAACACUUUGACAUAAUUUCACUCCCCUUCGGGUCGUGAAAUUAAAACUGUCAAAGUGUCACUCGGAAUACAAAUCGAUAAUUUUAGAGCUUUCGUGUAAUUACUACUGAAAAUUCAACAAUUUAAUUUUUUUCUUCUUCUUCUUGUAAUAGGACUAUGUCCUGUUUCUUGUGUUACAGUCUUUGCUGCGAUCCGGAGCUCCAAUUCUCGUACCAUCGUUUUUUGGGUCUUCCUAUGUGUCGCUUGGUGUUGGGCUUCUGUGUUUUCGCCCAAUGCGCCAUACGUCCAGGGUCCAUCCGAUCUACGUAGUCUCUCCACAUGCGUCGUCGCGCUCUUGUCCAUCUCACUACGUCUUGAACGCCUAGCUCUCUCAAUGUGUCUUCGUUUCGUAUUCUGUCUCUGAGUGUGAUACCUCUUAUGGAUUUAAUUUUUUUGUAUGGUUUAAAGCUAUUCCAUUUUUGAAGUUAUACUUCUUUAGGCAUGAGGGUGAAUUUUUACAUUCCCUGGCGCAUGCACACACCGACAGUAUGUUGUUAGUUGCUAAAUCAUCAAAUUUAUGUAUGUAUCAGCGCAACUAAGAUUUGAAAAUAAUAAAUUAGUGUUUUUAGUAAAUAUAUUUAUUAUAAUUUUUGUGUCUUUGGAUUUGUCUUCCUUUGGAGUAAGAUAAUAAGUAUUUUAAACAUUUUUAUAUUUAAUACUUCACUUGAUCUAUUUGUCACCGUCGUUUGUAAUUACGUCCCAGAAGCUGUAAAAACAAAACCCUGAUGGGUUAUUGGUAGAGCAUUCGACUACAUAACGCGAAGGUCCCGGGUUCAAAUCCUGACACGGACGAUUCUUAUCCUUUUUAAUAUUUGGUGUUGUUUUAAUAAAAAAAUUUGAAAGUGGUAAUAUCAAAAUUAGUUUAUUAAUUAAAUAAAAUAAAAAUAAAUUUUUAAGUAUAUUUAUUUCACAGAAUUUUUAAGUAUAUAACAGAAGUAUUCUUAAGGCUGUAUGACACUAUGCAUUUUCUUGUAUCAUUUCUAAUAUCGUUUCUAAUAUGUCAAAAAAAUGCAUAGUGUCAUACACAGAUACAAGAAACGAUAUCAGAAACGAUACAAGAAUUUGAGUCAGACACAGAUUCUUAUACAAGAACUGCGCCAAUUUCUGCGCAAAGAGCAAAAACGUAAAACCUGCUGGUAAAACAUCUAAAAUGUCAUAAUUACUUACUCAUAAUGGCGGCUGAAAUGAAAAUGAGAUAAUGUAUUGAUGAAUUUAUUUGUGUUUUUGUAGGUAUUAUUUAUAAAUCUUUUAUUGAUACCUACUUAAUAUAAGUACCGUUUGGUAUGGACCAUGAUACUAUAAGUAAAGUUAUUUAUAGUAUCAAGUAAGUGUUAUUUAUAGUAUCAUGGUAUGGACUACUGUUCUACUAAUAACCAUAUAUUUAGCUCCUAGUAAAGUUCAAACUAUAAAUUUAGGUUUUCAUGGUGCAUAAUUUUUUAAUAGACGAAAAUACAAUAGGUCCUAAUUUGGAUCAAACUGAAGAUAAUUCUAAUGCAAAUAUUUUAGCACAAAUAUCAAAACAAAAUAAAAACAAAUAAUCAACCUCAAACAGUCAACGUAAAAUUCUGGUUAAUAUUAAAAUGUUUAUAAAUUUUAUAAAAUCUUUAAAAUCAGCUGUAUAUGUAGUACUACCAUAACGUGACACAGGGUGACAAACAAAAUUUCGACCAAUCACGUGCCGAAUUUCAUACAAUUUUCGAUACAAGAACUUGCAUAGUGUCAUACAGGGCACAAAUGUACGUACAAGAAAUGAUACAAGAAAAUGUAUACAAGAAACGAUAUUAGAAAUGAUACAAGAAAAUGCAUAGUGUCAUACAGCCUUUACGUGCGUACAAAGUACACACACAUUCUUUUUUGCUUAGGUCGUCAAUUUACUUGCAUCUGUCGGAUAGCUACUUUUCUUUUGCUUUUCAUAUUUUCUUUCUAAUAUUUCUCUAAAUCUAUUUGUAUUUAUUUAGUUAUUUUGCUAUAUAUUUGCACCCUUUUUAAAUAAGCUCAAGAGUUUCUGCUAUCAUCCAAGUUACAUUGAUAUUUUUAAGAUAAAUUUGAUUUCAUGUAAUCGAAUGAACUUCCAAUAAAGUCGUCCCAGGAGCGCAACUCAUAAAUAUUGGCAAUAUCGUUUUAAAAUUAUCUACUUUAAAAUGUAUACUAUAUAUCUGAGUUGUCAAUAUGAAUGAGUCAGAUAAAAUUAAAUUAAAAUAAUUUUUUACCAAGCAACAAAAACACACUUUGUUUAAUUUAUUGAUGUUUUGUGUUUUGAUGACGAUUUCAGAAGUGGAAAAUGAAACGUCAAACAAUGGUGGCUUUUCCCAUCAAAAAUACUAAAUUGCAUUAAGAUUACACAAGAAAAUAGCUUCACAACAAUAUACAGAAUCAAUAUUCAACUUCCGAUCAUAUUGAGAGUGAAAAUCCUUUUACCAUUUCAAAGCGGCUAUAUCAGAGCUGUGUGAAAAUAAUCUGAUAUUUUUGUAUUUACAAUUUUGUACUCUUUCCACAGAUAUUCUAGUCGAAUGUUAGACUUUUCAUACUUUUGAACAUUUUAGAUUUAGCCAAUAUACAUUAUUUUCAGCAGUAUUUACGUAUUUAACAUAUUAUGGGAUCAUCAAAUAUUUAUGUAAUUUUAAUUGUCACCUUAAAUAUUUUUAAAUAUCAGUGCACGAUGCUAAGAAUAUUUAUAUUGUAAGAAGUUCAUCAUUCCGAUACGUUUAUACAGGAUGAUAUUGUAAAUAAUGGGUAUUACUUUACUUUUACAGAUUAUUAUAUCAAAUUAGAGAACCAUUAUAAAAUUGAAAAUUAACACGGUACGGAUAGUCUCCCUGGCGAACUUUUUAAAAUCAUCUGAAACAUAUGAAGUUAAUAACUGAAGUCAGGCAUCAGAAAAAAACACCUGCAGACUGAAAAUUAGGCACUAGACUUCACAAAAAAGGAGACAAUUUGUGUGAUAAUUAUUGAGGCAUCACUCAAUAUAGCAUAUAAAGUACAGUCCAACGUAUUGUACAAAAGCGGACAGUGAGAGGAUAUUAGUGCGACUCCGACUCAAUAAAUCAACAAGGGACCAAAUCUUUACAGUGAGGCAGAUUCUUGAAAAACCCUGGAGUUUGGCGUCGAUAUCCACCACAUAUUUGUGGAUUUCAAAGUGGGAUAUGACUCAGUUAAUAGAUACUUAUAAACUUCUCCUGGCUAUGGUGGAAUUCCAAAUACCGCUUCAUUUUGGUCAACUAACUGAACUUACACACAAAUUUAGCUUGGAGAUGGAAUUUAGGCAAGGAGACACCAUCUCUCCUAAACUAUUCAUCUCUUUGUUACAGAGUGCUAUGAGAAACAAUAUUGGGGAAAAUAUUGGAGUCAACAUAAAUGGGGAGUUUCUGAACAACUUGAGGUUUUUUGUAGACGACAUGGAUACUUAUUGCAGACCGGGUAGAUUAUGCCUGCCAGCUUCUUCGAGACCUUCAGAGUAGUGAUGUUGAAAAAGUAACUAUUCGUUAUAAAGUACUCGUUACUUACGAAUACCGAAAGUAACGAUUACUAUACAGAGAGGCAAAUCGUUACUUUGAUUACUCUGAUUACUUCGUACCAAUCGUAUCAGAGCUAGUAACGACUAUUGUAUCUACUUUGAUUACUCUGAUUACUUCGUUACUCCAUACCAAUCGUAUUAGAGCGAGUAACGACUAUUAUAUCUACUUUGAUUACUUUGUACCAAUCGUAACAGAGCGAGUAACGACUAUUGUAUCUGAUUACUUCGUACUUCGUGAUACUCGUUAUUAUAUCGGAAUACCUAUUCGCGGUGUGCAAGUACUUGGAAGGGAUACGCGAAACGAUCGUGCGCGAAUAGCGGAGAAAUAUUGCAACUUUCUUAAAUAAUUCAUAUUGUCAACUGAAAUUGUCAAAUUGACGUACAUUUCAUACCUAUUUUCAUUUAAGAAGAAAAAUUAUAUAUUGCUUCACAUUAUUGAUAUGAUAUGCAAUUAUUAUAUAGAGGUAAAUUUAAUUAAUUGUAUUUUGCUUGCAAUACUGCAUUUUAAUAACUAAUUUUAUUUACUACAUACAAUUGUUUAUGUUUGAAUAACACAAACUAAAUCUUAUUUUUUCUUCUUAUUAUUUUUUUUGGACUAUGGCCUUGACAAUUAUCCAGUAACCAGGACCAUAUGAUUGGCCAAUAUAAUUAAAAGUGCGAAUAAAAGUUCAGAGCGUAGAAAUAGGUGUCGCUUUUCCGAACUUGCACGGUCCCAAUACAAAAUACCUACCUAGUACCUACUGAGAAAUACGAUUUUCAAUAUGAUUACCGGUACUCAAAUGCAAAAGUAACAAAAGUAAUCAUAGUAAUCAAAUCAUUUUUAUACCUUAAACAGAUCGGUGAAGGUCGUUGUGAUAUCGGAAUACCUAUACAAAAUACCUACCAACUGAGAAUUACGAUUCUCGAUAUGAUUACCGGUACUCAAAUACAAAAGUAAUAACAGUAAUCAAAGUAACGAAUACUGUAAAUGAUUACUUUAUACAAAAUACCUACCUACCUACUGAGAAAUACGAUUCUCGAUAUGAUUACCGGUACUCAAAUACAAAAGUAACAAAAGUAAUCAAAGUAACGAAUACUGUAAAUGAUUACUUUAUACAAAAGUAACGAUUUGUAACGAAUACUCGAAAGUAACUAUAAUCAACAUCACUACUUCAGAGCUCUUGUACACGAGUUGGACUUAAAAUUCAUUUUUCCAAACACAAUACGUGACCAACAUUGUACUGGCGAAAAACAUCUCAACUAAUGGCAUGCAAAUUGAACAGGUGUAUAGCUAUAAAUAUCUGGGUCACGAGAUUAAAUUAGGAAGAGAUAAUCAAACAACAGAACUAAACAGGAGAAUAGGAUUGGCAUGGCCUGCUUACGGAAAACUGAGAGAAAUCUUUAGAUCAGAUAUUCCCAUGUGCUUGGAAAGGAAGGUUUUUGAUCAAUUGAAAAUAAUCGAAAAUACCGGAAAAAUGUGUCCCUCUCUAAAUUAACACAUUCUCAGCCUAUCGAAGAUGAUGGAACUCUGCUAGGAGCCAUUUUGUUAAACGGCACCUGACUGAAGUAACCAUAUCACUCGCUGGCGCGUAAACGGCACCUGAUUGAAGUAACCAAACCAUAUCACGCGCUGGCGCGUGAUUGGCAGCGAGUGGGUUAAUCAAAAAUCGACGUGCCGCAGUUCCUUGUAAUGCCUGUGUUUGAUUUUCAACCGACCACCCUGUAUAAAACGAUAUCUGGGCUUGCAUAUCUCAUUUUGUUUGUUAAAAAAAUUUUUUGGUGUUUUUGACUAUAUAAGUCUUUAAAUCAAUAUUGUUAAGUAUAUUCCGCAUAACUUUUUUAAUGCGUACUUGUAAUCGUUAAAGUUAGAUUUUAAAAAUACACAUAUAGAUGCCUUUUGACUGUUAGAAAUUUUUAUAAAAGUGUUUUGUGUUUUUAAAUUGUUACUUUUAAAGUCAAAGUAUUUUUUCCAGAGAAAAUAUCGUUUUCACCAGCCUCUCACUACAUAACGAAAGGCAGACAUAAUUUUUAUAUAUUAAAAAUUCUAAAUGGAGAUCAAACAGAAUACCGCAAAGAAAAUAACAUUUAUAAUUAGGUAUAGCACGAUCAAAGAACAAUCUGACCAAAAAAAAAUAAAGGAAGGAUGAAAAUUUGGGAAUAGGUAGUUGAAAUUGUCUAUUUAUUAUGUAAGAAAAAGUUUACAAUUCUAUAUCCCCUCCAUUUUACAAAAAUGGAGAGAUUAAUUAGCCCUUCUCGGGGGUGAAGAAAUAUACAUUCAAAAUAAGUUCGGAAUUAUAUAAAAUAACUAAUUCUGAGCAACUUUUGCUCUAUAGAGUUUUUUCAUUAAGUCAAUACUUUUCGAGUUAUUUGCGAGUGAAUAUGUUCAUUUUUAACAAAAAAAAACAUGUUCUUGGACAGUUUUUCGCAAAUAACUCAAAAAGUAAGGAUUUUAUCGAAAAAAAUAUUCUUAGCAAAAAUAUAGCUUAUAAAAAAAGUGAAAAAAAUGUUUUAUGCAUGAAGUCUGCAUACCCACCAGCAGCGGAAUUAUAGCUAAUGAAAAGUAGGUUCUUAUUCGUCCAAUUCCAAAAUCGAUUAUUUCGAAGUGAAAUGACAAAAAAACGGAGCACUUUCCUGGGAAAACUCAUUUUAACUUUUUUAAAGAGUUAAAAAAAGGUUUAUUUUUGUUUUCUAAAAAAACUUUUAUCAUUAAAAGUAAGUGAGUUACGCUUAAAAUAUUGUUGAUCGCUUUUAUUUUUUGGUAAAAAAAUCGCGAAAAUCACCCCUUAAUUAUCAUCCAAAAUAAAAUUAAUCGUUACCGCCUCACAAGUUACUUUGCUUAUGUAUUCUUUAUAUUAUGAUCUAUAAGUUUCGUUGGUUAAGUGUUCAUUUUUGAAAAAAAAAAUGGUUUUAAAAUUUUUUUUCUAAUUUUGAAAAAAAUUUCAUUUUUGUUUUCAAAAUAACUUAAAAAUUAUUAGUAAUACCAAAAAUUCAAAGAGUAAUAAAAUGUAUGUUUUGCUUUUCUAACUAUUUUGGAUUUUUUGUUUAGCCGGCAGACAAAAAUUGGUUAUGCUAUGACUGUUCAAAAUUUGCAUACACUCUUGAUUAGUGACCCGUUCAAACCAUUUUAACCACAGCCUUUUCAAACACACGCACUUUGAACCGAUGAAACUUACAGAUCAUCAUAUAAAUAAUUCAUAAUAACGAUUAAUUUUAUUUUGGAUGCUAGUUAGGGGGUGAUUUUCGCGAUUUUUUUACCAAAAAAUAAAAGCGACUAACAAUAUUUUGAGCGUAACUCACUUACUUUUAAUGGUAAAAGUUUUUUUAAAAAACAAAAAUAAACCUUUCUUUAAGCACUUUAAAAAAGUUAUAAUGAGUUUUCCCAGGAAAGUGCUCCGUUUUUUUUGUUACUUCACUUCGAAAUAUUCGAUUUUGAAAUUGGACGAAUAAGAACCUACUUUUCAUUAGCUAUAACUCCGCUGCUGGUGGGUAUGCAGACUUUACGCGUACACUAUUUUUUUCACAUUUUUGUAGGCUAUAUUUUUGCUAGGAAUAUUUUUUUCGAUAAUAUCCUUACUUUUUGAGUUAUUUGCGAAAAACUGUCCAAAAACAUUUUUUUUUUUUGUUAAAAAUGAACAUAUCCACUCGCAAAUAACUCGAAAAGUAUUGAAAAAACUCUAUAGAGCAAAAGUUGCUCAGAAUUAGUCAUUUUAUCCAAUUCCGAACUUAUUUUGAAUGUAUAUUUUUUCACUCUCGAGAAGGGGUAAUCCCCUCCAUUUUUGUAAAAUGUAGGGGGUGUAGAAUUGUAAACUUUCUCUUAUAUUCAUAAUAAUAGACAAUUUCAACUACCCAUACCCAAAUGUUCAUCCUUCCUUUAUUUUUUUGGAAAUUUUCGUAAAUUUUUGUGUUCCUUGAUCGGGCUAUUAUGUAUAUACAACAGAAUAAUCAAAAACUGUGAGGAUAACAUUGUAGAUUUGAGAAGCACUUUUUAGGCUACAGGUACUCAUCCAGCGCUGCAGAGAUAUGAUCAAAGACGUGUAUAUAUGCCUUAUACACUAAGGAAAAGCAUUCGAUAAUGUAAAUCACGAAAAGAUAAUUGAAGUACUCCAUAAUAUCGGAAUCGACUACAGAGACAUUCGUUACAAUAGCGAGUCUCUAUUGGGGCAAAACAGCCAAAGUGAAAGUAGGAUCUACAUUGACCAGUAAUCAAGAAAGGGGUACGGCAGGGCUGUAUCUUGUCUCCUAUUCUCUGUAACAUACACUCAGAAAAAGGAUUUAAAAGCACAGAGGACAUAAAGAUAAAUGGGGAAAAAUUAAUAAUGCUGAUGACACUGUGAUUCUCGCGAGUAGCAUGGGAGAGCUGAGUUGCCUGAGGGGUAAGAUACAAAGAACAAGUGCACAAUAAGGACUCAAACUGAACAUUAUAAAACCCAAAUGGAUGCUAGUAAGCAAAACCCAUGAACGAGCAAGACAACUGAUAUUUGAUAAUCAAAGAAUUAAUUAAACACGUGGAUUCGUACAUUUACUUAACAGUUAAUUCAAGUUGGGACUAAGUUGAUCAAGUUGGGUCAUUCUCUGAAAGUAUGAAGGGAAUUUUCACCUGUAAAGCCCACCCUACCUCUCAAAAUCCGACUUUCGUACAUGUUAUGUAUUUCCGGUUUUGUUAUAUGGAAUGGAGGCGUGGACAAUGACCGCAACAUUAAUGAAGAAAGUAGAGGCCUUCGAAAUGUGGGCUUACCAACCAUAUUACGCAUAUCCUGUACUGAGCACGUAACCAACGAUGAGGUACUACGCCAGAUGGAUAAGGAGAGAGAGGUAGGAAUAUUUAUAAAGAAAAGAAAGUUGGAAUACUUGGGUCACGUUAUGAGACGCAGUAAAUAUAGAGUACUUUAGCUAAUUAUCCAAGGGAAAAUAGACAGCAGAAGGGGUCCAGGAAGGAGUAGACACUCGUGGCUCCAAAUUGGCGGCAAUUGUUGGGUUUGUCAUCUGCCAUAAACAAAGUCAGAACAGCCAUAUUAAUUGCCAGCGUUCGAAACUGAUAAGGCACGUGAAGAAGAAGACGCAGUGUUCUUCGACAGUCGACUUUCUGUCGUCUAUUUGGUUGUUUCGUUGGAUAUUAUUGAAAAACAAAAUAAUAGAAGCACCGUACCUGUCUUAUUAAAGCAAUCUGGCAGUACAAAUAAAAUAAAGAUUUAGAUUAUGCGUAUUCCCUUUAAAAAUUUUAAGACCCAAUUUUAAAAGUGUUCGAUAAAAACCCACGAGGAAAAAUUUCCUGUAGUUGGCUGUAUACCAUUACCAAAACAUAAAAUCCUUUAUAAAAGGUAUAUUUGUUAAAAUCCCUAUACAGGGCUACAUCCACUGGCGGAUCCAGGGGGGUGUCACGGGGGGUCAUGACCCCCCCCCAUAAUUGUAAACUACCUUAUCCUAGGUUGGUAAGACUAAGUGAUCUUGCAUCAGAUAUAAGUAAUUAAAUCACCCUCAAGAUCCAUGACCCCCCCAAAAAAUUUCUGGAUCCGCCACUGGCUACAUCAAAGACAGAACUAGUUUUCGAUCGGUUGACCGAUCAUCAUCAGUGUAAUCUUAGAAUCUGCCUGCUAACCACCAAAGUAAAAAUAGUUGGGUAUAAACCCUUUAUAAUAGAUCCUUCAAAGGAAUAUAUGAAGUAGAUGUGAUUUAUAACAUGGAUGUAUAAAAUAUCCAAUGUUAUACGCCCGAGGUACCAAUGAGCUCAAUCUGACAAGUUCACAUCAUGAUGAUUAACUUGUCAGAUUGAGCUUAUUGGUACCUCGGGCGUAUAACAUUGGAUAUUUUAUACAUCCAUGUUAUAAAUCACAUCUACUUCAUAUGUUCCUUUGAAAGAUCUAUUAUAAAGGGUUUAUACCCAAAUAUUUUUACUUUGGUGGUUAGCAUGUAGAUUCUAAGAUUACACUGAUUAUGAUCGGUCAACCGAUCGAAAACUAGUUAUGUCUUUGAUGUAGCCCUGUAUAGGGAUUUUAACAAAUAUACCUUUUAUAAAGGAUUUUAUGUUUUCGAUAAAAACCUUACGAAUUUUUUAUGAUAUACACAGUGGACAAAAAAAAUUCUACAAAGAGCUUGUUUGCAUCCAGUUCAAUCAAAUGACGAUUUCUUUUACAAAAGAAGGAAUAAAAAACUAUUAGUAUACUAUGAAGAAAUUGUGCAAGAGAAAAGAAAUGUGAAUCUUUCUCUGUGAAAAAAACAUGAAAAUUCUUUAAUAUUUAAAGCAUUAUAGCAAAUACUUUUGAUACCUUUUACCUAAUUUGUUUAAGAAGAGUACUAGUUGAUAGCUAAAAAUAGCUUUAGAAUUAAGAUAACCUAAGGGCCGGUUGUUCGAACGCUAAUCAAGAAGUUGAGUAUAAUCAAUCAGUUCAUUGUAAUUAAUUUUGCUUGAUGGGAAUCAAAUCGAGACGUCAAAAAUACAUGUAAACCACUAAUCAUUCAUUGAUUGUAGGUAAAGCAGUAGGUAAUUAAAAUAUAGCCGCAGCUCUUAAAUUAUUAAAAAUUGCUUAUUAUUAUUGAUUUGUAAGUAAAAACAAGAAAUUAACAUCAGAAAGUGUUUAAUUAUGGUUUAUUUUAGAUUAAAACCAAAAUAAUAAAAUAAAUCAGUUAACGUAACCUCAAAAUGUGACAUCUGUCAGAAGUACGUUUAAUCAAAUAUAAUUGUAAUUAAAUAUUUGAUAAUGAUCAGUGGAUUCCAUUUUUGAUUAGCGUUCGAACAACCGGCCCUAAAUGAUAUACAUUUGAAAUUUAGCAUUCGCAUCUUGAGUUCAAAAUAUUGGAGAUAGUUCUUGUCUUUUUGUAAACGUUUUCUAUUUACAAACAUAAUUAUAUUUUAUAACAAUUUAUAGAAUAGAUAAUAGAUUAUCUAGAUUACACAA